AUGAGUCAGGGGGAGGCACGUCCAUAUUCCCUCACUCCCUACAUCGUGUCGAAGUGUCCGGUGCCUUUGUCGUCGUCGUCGGCAGCCAUACCAUCACCCGCCAUCUUUGUCGUCUUCGUCGUCGUCAUCGUCCUCAUCACCGUGGCCAGAUCUGCCCCGUAUGAUGAGAUGGUUGAUGUGGGCCAUCGUCCGCCUCACUAUCGGACACAUACCCAUGGUUACGUGCCGGACUCUGUCUGUCGAGAAGAGAUGUACCUUAAUAGAGCUAUAAAUUUCUCGCCUGCCUUGCUCGCUAGGUUCAACACGUGGCUCUCCAAGCUCAUUAAAAAUUCAGACUUCAUCCGCAAGAUGUUAACAGCCACAUGUGUAUGCGUCAUUAAUUAUAAUCAGGAGACUCCGCUUGACGCUGCUGCUCGACAUAGGUUCGACUACGUCAUCACUUGGGUUUUGCGUUACGGCCACAACACAGCAGGGGCGUCGCCAGACGGCCACAACACAGCAGGGGCGUCGCCAGACGGCCACAACACAGCAGGGGCGUCGCCAGACGGCCACAACACAGCAGGGGCGUCGCCAGACGGCCACAACACAGCAGGGGCGUCGCCAGACAACCACAACACAGCAGGGGCGUCGCUAGACGGCCACAACACAGCAGGGGCGUCGCUAGACGGCCACAACACAGCAGGGGCGUCGCCAGACAGCAACAACACAGCAAAGGCGUCGCUAGACAACCACAACACAGCAGGGGCGUCGCCAGACAGCCACAACACAGCAGGGACGUCGCUAGACAGCCGCAACACAGCAGGGACGUCGCUAGACAGCCGCAACACAGCAGGGACGUCGCCAGACAGGACGUCGCCAGACAACCACAACACAGCAGGGACGUCGCUAGACAGCCGCAACACAGCAAGGGCGUCGCUAGACAGCCGCAACACAGCAGGGGCGUCGCUAGACAGCCACAACACAGCAGGGGCAUCGCUAGACAGCCACAACACAGCAGAGGCGUCGCUAGACAACCACAACACAGCAGGGACGUCGCUAGACAGCCGCAACACAGCAGGGGCGUCGCUAGACAGCCGCAACACAGCAGGGGCGUCGCUAGACAGCCGCAACACAGCAGGGGCGUCGCUAGACAGCCGCAACACAGCAGGGGCAUCGCUAGACAGCCACAACACAGCAGGGGCGUCGCCAGACGGCCACAACACAGCAGGGGCGUCGCUAGACGGCCGCAACACAGCAGGGGCGUCGCCAGACGGCCACAACACAGCAGGGGCGUCGCCAGACAGCCGCAACACAGCAGGGGCGUCGCUAGACAACCGCAACACAGCAGGGGCGUCGCUAGACAGCCGCAACACAGCAGGGGCGUCGCUAGACAGCCGCAACACAGCAGGGGCGUCGCUAGACAGCCGCAACACAGCAGGGGCGUCGCUAGACAGCCACAACACAGCAGGGGCGUCGCUAGACAGCCACAACACAGCAGGGGCGUCGCUAGACAGCCACAACACAGCAGGGGCGUCGCUAGACGGCCACAACACAGCAGGGGCGUCGCCAGACGGCCACAACACAGCAGGGGCGUCGCCAGACGGCCACAACACAGCAGGGGCGUCGCCAGACGGCCACAACACAGCAGGGGCGUCGCCAGACGGCCACAACACAGCAGGGGCGUCGCCAGACGGCCACAACACAGCAGGGGCGUCGCCAGACGGCCACAACACAGCAGGGGCGUCGCCAGACGGCCACAACACAGCAGGGGCGUCGCCAGACGGCCACAACACAGCAGGGGCGUCGCCAGACGGCCACAACACAGCAGGGGCGUCGCCAGACGGCCACAACACAGCAGGGGCGUCGCCAGACGGCCACAACACAGCAGGGGCGUCGCCAGACGGCCACAACACAGCAGGGGCGUCGCCAGACGGCCACAACACAGCAGGGGCGUCGCCAGACGGCCACAACACAGCAGGGGCGUCGCCAGACGGCCGCAACACAGCAGGGGCGUCGCCAGACGGCCGCAACACAGCAGGGGCGUCGCCAGACGGCCGCAACACAGCAGGGGCGUCGCCAGACGGCCGCAACACAGCAGGGGCGUCGCCAGACGGCCGCAACACAGCAGGGGCGUCGCCAGACGGCCGCAACACAGCAGGGGCGUCGCCAGACGGCCGCAACACAGCAGGGGCGUCGCCAGACGGCCGCAACACAGCAGGGGCGUCGCCAGACGGCCGCAACACAGCAGGGGCGUCGCCAGACGGCCGCAACACAGCAGGGGCGUCGCCAGACGGCCGCAACACAGCAGGGGCGUCGCCAGACGGCCCGCAACACAGCAGGGGCGUCGCCAGACGGCCGCAACACAGCAGGGGCGUCGCCAGACGGCCGCAACACAGCAGGGGCGUCGCCAGACGGCCGCAACACAGCAGGGGCGUCGCCAGACGGCCGCAACACAGCAGGGGCGUCGCCAGACGGCCGCAACACAGCAGGGGCGUCGCCAGACGGCCGCAACACAGCAGGGGCGUCGCCAGACGGCCCGCAACACAGCAGGGGCGUCGCCAGACGGCCGCAACACAGCAGGGGCGUCGCCAGACGGCCGCAACACAGCAGGGGCGUCGCCAGACGGCCGCAACACAGCAGGGGCGUCGCCAGACGGCCGCAAAAACAGCAGGGGCGUCGCCAGACGGCCGCAACACAGCAGGGGCGUCGCCAGACGGCCGCAACACAGCAGGGGCGUCGCCAGACGGCCGCAACACAGCAGGGGCGUCGCCAGACGGCCGCAACACAGCAGGGGCGUCGCCAGACGGCCGCAACACAGCAGGGGCGUCGCCAGACGGCCGCAACACAGCAGGGGCGUCGUCGCCAGACGGCCGCAACACACAGCAGGGGCGUCGCCAGACGGCCGCAACACAGCAGGGGCGUCGCCAGACGGCCGCAACACAGCAGGGGCGUCGCCAGACGGCCGCAACACAGCAGGGGCGUCGCCAGACGGCCGCAAACACAGCAGGGGCGUCGCCAGACGGCCGCAACACAGCAGGGGCGUCGCCAGACGGCCGCAACACAGCAGGGGCGUCGCCAGACGGCCGCAACACAGCAGGGGCGUCGCCAGACGGCCGCAACACAGCAGGGGCGUCGCCAGACGGCCGCAACACAGCAGGGGCGUCGCCAGACGGCCACAUUGCUGCCGGAAUUCCUGGAAAAUCGAGAAUACUGGAGUUAGGCUGCUCAGGCAGUUCAAUAGUUUUUGAAAGUGCCGAGAAAAGUUAA